GCCACGUAAAAUAGAGUCGGUCUUCCGCUUUCGGCUAGUCUGGUUCACCCCGCUUUUCCCACGCUGGAAUCAAAACACCAACUCCAGACAUCACCACCACGGAUCAUCAGUACUGGCGAAAUGAGUAUUGUUAAGGCCCUCGCUGCCUUUUGCAGUCAGUCCCAGUCUCAACAGUACAUCCAAAAAGUCCGGAACCUGGGUGAUGCAUGGCGAACACUCGCGGAUUCCAACGACGCCAAAGCUGACGACGACACGAUCAUCAUCGAAACGACAUUUGACAUGAUUAUGAAAAUCAAGAAUCCGACAGACGAUAAAAGAUGCGCGGUCGAGUUUGAAGUACCGUCGCAUCAGUCACAAAGCCAGCCAGUUGAGGCAAAUCAACUACGGCACUAUCACAUCUUCCCCGAUUUUGGGACGGACUUUAUCUGGAGAAAUAAAUCUGAUCCAUUUUAUUCGGAAGGAGCAUAUAUCGACUCAUCGGAAGCUCUGGCAUCCUUUCCAUCUGCUGUUCUAGAGCACUAUGACAAAUGGGUGGACACAUAUUCCGAAUAUUUCAAGAGCCGAUGCGACGACACGGGGGAUUUUGAUGCAGCUGUUUUUCCGAAUAAUAGAGAAGAAGUGGCAUGGACAGUUGCUGGUUAUUUAUUGGCAUGGCGUAUUGCAUUGGCAGAUGAGAUAGGAAGCGUGGAAUACUCACCAGAAAGCACGACAUACAUGUUGGAGAAGGGAAAGGAGACGGAGAUGACAGUGGCAUUUUUGAAGAACCAGUUGAGGUUGUCGAUGCAGGGUGAAGUAAUCAUCUAAGAUGGAUGAUUAAUUUGAGAAUGCAUCCUCAUGGAGUGCCCCACUGUUCAUCAUUUCGUUCUAGAAUGACACCAUGCUUGGCCCAUUGAUGCACUCCGGAUGUCGGUGGUUUUCCUCUUCGAGAUAGCUUUGAGGAUCUGUGGAUAUAUAAAUGUACCUAACUACCAUGUUGAUUAUAAUUCAUCAACCAUCAUCAUGCAUCUAUUAUUCCUAGCUGCAUGUCUGCAAACAGCAGCAGCAUUGAAUAUAUUUCCAUAUCAAAAUGCUUCACUC